AGUUUUUUUUAUAUAUAUAAGAGUAUCUAAUUAAAAUUUAUAAAUAAAAAAUGACUGCCAAUCUAAUGACUGGUGAAGUUGAUUCCUUGUUUUUAAAAGCUAUUUUUCUUCUGCAUUCAAAAAAUGCUGAUUCAACUCAACAGUUGCAAGAUUUGUUACAUGAUUACAAAGAAAAGACAUUUGGAUUUUCAAAAGCUAGAAAUGAAAUAGUAGAAGAGAUAAAAAUUGAGCCAAGCACAGAAAUUGAGGAUAAAAAAGAACUUAUAAAUACUGUUGAAGAAGUUGCUUCUAACUUCAAUGAUGAAAAAAAAGAAUUGUUUACAAAAUUCGAAGAGUCAAUUAUUGAAGAGGUUUCUUCAGCAAGUUCUUUUGAGCCUAUAUUAAAAAAAAAAAAGAUGGCCUCCACAGAAGCUUCUCGGUCCUCAGAUUUUAUUUUUAAUGACGAUCUAUCUUUAGAUGAGUUGGUAGACUACAGUGAGCGUAUGUGUAAUGUUUGUUCUGAUAGGCAGUAUGAAGAAGAUAAUUGUAUUGUUCAAUGCUCUGAGUGUCACUUACAUUAUCAUCAAAAAUGUCAUGAACCUGUUGUUUGUACAAAAGAUAUGAAUGACCCUCGUUUAAUCUGGUAUUGUUCAAAGUGCACUAAACAAAUUAAAAAAGAAAUGGUUGCUCAUCAAUUUGUAGGUAAAUCGUCAGCUGAUAAUCAAGUUUUGAAUAUGAAAAGUUCUAAAUCUACUAAUCAAAGUCAGCCAUUUCGAAGACCAGUUAGCUCAACUGAAUCAAAGCAUCAUAAUUUGAAGUGAAUUUUUCUUAUCAAAAAUUCAUAAAAAAUGGAACUACUUCGUUUACAAAUUCCACAAUCAAGUCAAUCUUAUGUUGAUAUAAAUUGCUGUCUCUCAAAGUCACACAAUAACCUAUAUAAAGAACGUUCAAAAAGGAUUUUUGAUGAAGAUGUUACUUUAGCUACCCAGAGAAGUUUGCAUCAUUUUAAGUAUAAAUACUCUGAUGAGAAAAAAAAUGUUUUGCCAUUUGAAGAUUCUAGAGUCGAUAAACCGGAAUACUCUGCAAAAAAGUCUGAUCUCACAAGCAAAAAAAACACUGGUUUUUACAAUGAAUUAGAGGUAAUUGGUAAAAGUAUGGCAUGGAAUAAAGAACGUUUAGAAUUUGCAAAAUUCCAUAAUCUUAAAGGUUUUACAAAAUAUCCUAACUUCGGACAAUCCUUUAGUAAAAUAAGCUUCUCUGAUGAAAGCAUUCGUCGUAUACCUUUAACAAUUAAUGAGUAUCUUAGAAACGAAGAUGUGCGCUAUUAUGCGAACGAAUUUGCUAUCAAAAAGUUUUUGUUUCAACGAUGGCUCGAAAAUCUUCAACGGUGUGGUGGAAAAUUUUAUCCGAUACCUUUACUUUAACUUACCACAGUGUUUUGAUGACUUUAAAAAGUGAUUUCCUUUUAUUAUUUUGUAAUACAUUAUUUUUGAUGAUUUCAGUAUCUUCUUUUU